UGUCCAAAAAUGGGAGGAAUGUGCCUUAUUUUAGUUUUGGGCUUGAUCGGCACUGCAUUCUCGCAAGAAUGCAAAGACUUGAGCGGUGAGAGUUUCUGUGUACACUACAAGAAGCUUUGCGCAACAAAUGUGAAUGUCAAACAAGCCUGCAAGAAGACCUGCGGACUCUGUGCGACCCCAAUGGACUGUGAUGUCGCUAUAGUCGGUGGAGGUCUGGCAGGACUGUACAUGGCGGAAUCACUGCUGAGACACAAGAAGGAAACAAAAGUGUGUGUUUUUGAGAGAGACGUUCGUCUUGGCGGAAGAAUCUUCGAUUAUGUAUUUCCUCAAGUGUCGGAUGAAGUAGUGGGUCUGGGAGCAUGGAGAGUCGACAUGGCUCAUUACAACAUGAGGAAUAUCCUUAAGAGACUAAACAUUCCACACAAAGACUGGAACUUUUACUCAAAUUCACGAACAGAAACUAGAGGUUACUUCUCAAGAGACGAGCAUGAAAUCAAAAGAAAAUCAUUCCCGGCUUUGACUCAAGGAAAAUUCAAAGACAUGACUUGUUCGCAGAUGCUGGACUAUCUUCUCAAAAAGGAACACGUCGAUAAAAUCUACAAUUUCGCAACGUUUGAAACAUUUCAGCAGCACUAUCUGACACCCGAGGGAUCAAGGUUUUAUUUCGACGUUUUUGGAUAUGAUGGAGAACUUAAAGGCAGUCCAGAGGGUGUGGUGGAAUUCUAGGAACAACUAGCUGCGCUUACAGGAAGAGAGAUUCGUCCUUUAAGAGGAAUGUCGGCAUUCAUCGCCGCUUUGGCCAAAUCGGCAAGAAGGCUGGGCGCAAAAAUCUUCACGGGUAAUGACCACAGGAUUCUUUCGAUACACAAACAAACAAAUCAGUUCGUCCUUAAAACUUCAAAAUACGAAGUAAGAGUCGGAAAAUUAGUUGUGGCUGCGCCUCCGGGUGCAUUUGGAAGUGUCAGCGGCAGCGUAGCGGAAAGGAUUCGGCGCGCACCAGAAUUUCAGUCCAUACUGCCCCGCCCAGCAUUCAAGGGGGCUGCAGUGUACCCCAGGGCGUGGUGGGAAGAAAUCACGAAUGUGGAGGACAAGUUGUAUCCUAUGGAGAGAUUUUUGUCCAACAGUGACUGUCUUGGAUGGACGCUACCACAUGGCGGGCGCGGUCGAAAUGGUGAGGCAGUUCUUCACGUAGCAUACAAAGACGGCGUCUGUGGCGAGAAGUGGGGCGAGAUCCUCAAAUUACCAAAAGACGUCAUGGACCAAGAAAUUCACCGUGCCUUGGAAUACAAGUUUAACAGAAAAAUCCCCAAGCCUCUGAGUACCGUGUAUCAGUACUGGAACGAAGGUGCAUGGUACUUGCAGAAACCUGGAAGCCGUGUUUCGAUGAAGCAAGUCACCCAAUGGGCCAAGAGACCCUUUGCAGGAGAAGACAUCUAUGUUAUUGGUAGUGCAUAUCAUCCCUACCGGGGUUACUCUGAGGGUGCUAUUAUGUCAGCCAACAAUGCCCUGAAAGAUGGUUGGAAAAUACCCAUACCCAGUCCUCCACAACAAAUGCAAGGACCAAAAAGUUUCACGGAUAUAAAUUGGAAGAAUAUUAGAUAAAGUAAGUGUUUAUUAGAGGAACUACUGCCUAGACUUGUGAUGCAAUAAAACACAGUUCUUAAGGGGAUGAUAUGUUUGUGUUCAUUUUGUAGAAUUUUUAAGAAUCUUUCCCUGGAUUGCAACUUGACAAAACUCUCCCUUUCAUACCAAAGAAAAUACAUGGGCUCAAAAAGUUGUUUUGAUCAAUUUUUUCGUAGUUUUCCAUGUUUUCAGGUUUCAAGUUUUUAACUUUUACAAAUCUGCCAUCAUUUAUAUGCCUUGAAAAAUCUAUGUUGUCCUUAGAAUUCCUCAUCUCAGAUAUCAAAGGCUACUAUUGUGGCUCCCAGUCCUCUCCUUGCCUUCCUGCCAUCAUUAAAGCCGGAACUUUUUUAUUGGCAAUAAACACAUAACAGUAAAUAACACCAAUUAACACCAAAUAAAACUGAUUUAGAAGCGACAAGGGUGAUAGGAGGAAAAAAAAAAUAUAGCUCAGGGAGAAUAAAAAGAUAAUUAUUUAUUCUGUAUGUUAAACAACUUGCACAUUUUCAUACCCUAGGAGAGAUGAUCUGACUGUGUGUGUGUCUGUCAAAUGAAACAACUUAUUUCCAUUCUUUCAUUUUGCACCCAUGUCUGACCUACAGAGCAAAGACUUCCUUUAUAAAAACUAAAAUAUCAAAUGUUCGGACCGUCUUCUGGCGUUCAAAGAAGGACUUGCAUCACUUGGAUAAUACCUUGACUUGUUGAAUUUUGUCAAGUAGAGUUUUAGUCUGUGUUUUCUUAUUAAAGGAAGGAGAUUUUAUGGGUCCAGCUUGGUUUUUUUAAUAUUAUAAGCCACCAUGCAUCUGAUUAG